AUAUAUUCAAUUGGAUAUAUACCGACAUAAUUGAUUUAUAUUUUAAUAUUUAAGUGUACAAGUAAAUUAUCAAUACACCUUCACAUUAAGAUAAAGAUCACUCAGUGUUAUUAAUUAAUUUCCGAUGAAAAUUGAUACAAUGAAGUAUAUUUCAGAAUUAUUAGAAAGUAUCAAUCGUUGCUUAUUACCAAAAUUGGAUUUAAAUUUCGAAGAAAGAACAACUCACAUAGAAUUUGAUAUAAGGAAUAAGAAUUUAAGACAUAACUUUCAAUUAUUGGAACAAUGCUUAGGUGAUUUAGAUAUAUUAAAAACAAAGGAGACUUCAGCAAUAAUAUCAUCAUUACUGAUAUUGUAUAAAGAACUCACUUGUGACUGUCCAUGGAAUAACGAAAACACACAGGAAUAUUCUAAAAAAUUAAACAUUUACUUUGAGCUAUUGUGUGGUUUACGGUUAGAUAAUAUAUUACAGCAGAAUACAAAUUUUGAUGUACAAGAAAUAUAUGAUAAAUCACUUGAUGUUUUGCAUGAUAAACUUACUUAUGAUAAUUUUAAGAAAUAUCCUGGGCAAAUUGAAGUUUACUGCUCAAUUGUAAAAGAUUUAAGAAAAUACAAAGUAGGUUUAAAACCACAAAAGAUAUUUCCUGCUUCACUGUUAUUAAUUGAUGAUUACAUCAAUACAAAUAGAAGUAAAGGAUUAAUAUGUUGUCUAUCAAUACUAAGAUGUUUGGAGUAUAAAGAUUUUGAUGGUGGAAAUUACUAUGAAGUUGUAUAUAGGAGUUUAAAGAAAACAUUCAUCGAGAAAGAUGCGGACAUUACAAAAUUGACACAUGCUUGCUUAUUGGAAUUGUGUAGAAUGUUUCCAUCUGAUGUGAAGAAUGCUAAGCUGGAGGAGAUGUACACUGGGAUCCUAGAUCAGUUAUAUACAGAAUCUAAUUUACAGAGGAAAGCGGAAUGUUUUAAAUUCACUAAACAUAUUAUUCAAUUACACAAAAUCAAUUGUGUUAGUAAAAAUAUUUUCAGAACAAUUAUUUGUGACAGUUUAGAUGUGUGCACGAAUGAGGCUGUUGCUGAAAUCCUUUUGCCUAGUACAUUACAGUGCUUGGAAGAAUGGAUUAGAUAUUGUUGGUGUAUAUGGAAGCUGCAUUCUGAUCACAAAAUAAUUUCUAUUCUUUUCAAAGUGUUAUAUGCAUGUAAAGAUGAAGAUUUAGCCACACACAUGCAAAAACUUCUAAUUACAUUGAUUACUCUCUGUAAAACUGAUGAACAAGAACAAAUUAUUGCUGAUUUAGAGAAAGCUAUUGAUAUGGAAAAUAAUGAUUUCAAUACACGUGUAGAAACAAUAAAACAAGAAAUUUAUGUUAAUGAAUGUAUAUUUGAAUAAAAUAUAUCACAUUUAAAAGUUA